ACCUGAGACUGAGACUCCCUACACUUCACUAUGAGGCUUGGAGUCCUUUCCAGCUUGCUCUUCAUCCUGCUGCUCUGUUUCUCCAUCUUCUCCUUGGAAGGGAAAAGGCAUUUUGCCAAGCCUGGGAAACUCAGGUCCUGUUGUCGUCUAGUUCCAAGCCGCAACCAGACAACCCAGAAAGGAAAUCGCAUAAAGAUCUGCAGAGUGUGCAAGAUGAAGGCAGUGGCCCAGCCUUGGGUGGUACCUGGUGCACUCCCACAGGUGUGA